AUGGCUGCUAUAAUGGCCAGCCAUACUCAACUGAAAGAUUCCCUCCAAAACCAAACGGAAAACUUGUCUUUGGUUGUGUGGAGUGUUGCAAAAAUAUCGGGUUGGAUCGCUGCAGUUCUUAAAAUGUUGUUGAUCGCACUCCUCCGGGAGCCCAUUGAAGCUAUUCGAAAAUUCAUCAAAAGUAAUGGCGUCAACUCAGGUGAUGAUCAAUAUGAUGAAAUUGAAACAAGGAGCUUCAAUCAGUACGCAAUCACAAUGAUAAAAAUUAUAAUCUGCAUUACAUUGGUGCAAUUUGUAUUUAUGUCGGUGCCAAACUCGGCGGCGAAUGUGGCAUUUGCACUUCCCCCCGAAUUGUCAGGAACUGGACGACUUGUUUCCAACGUUCUGCGUUGGUUAACCGUGCCUUCUAUACCAUUGGCAAUGAAUGUCAGGGUUCUCUCAAAUUCAAUUACUGUAGGUGUUCUUUUGCUCGGUAUGCGAGCCAAGCUCAGAAUGUUAGCUCACCGUUAUGAACAAAUGUUAAACCUCCCUUCUAUGAAUGCGGAUUAUUAUCUUCAGCAAGUUAAGGCUACCCAGGACCAGCAACGAAAAUACUGGAGAUUGCUGAUCGUUCUUAAGAGAUUGGUUGGAAAAACAUUCGCUCUGGCACAUUAUUUCGCAAUUUUCAGCAUUGGAUUGUUUGUUUACACUGCCAAGAUCUCCGGAAUUAAUAUAUUCUCAAUAUCUAUAGCAAUACCACCCUCACUGUUGCUGCUGGAAUACUAUUUUUUGUGUCGGUUGGUUGAUACCUAUCAGGACGAGGCUGCAUCCAUUGGCGAUUUGAUUUUCGAACUUUGCAUCAAAAUACCUUACAGCCGAGAUAACCACUCCGAAUACGUGCAAACAAGAACAGCAUUGAUGAUCACCUGGAUGAACACCCAACAUGGGGUAUCUAUGGACUGCUUCGGAUUGUUUGAAAUUUCAACAAUUGCGUUUGUUGAAUUGGUUAACACUAUUUAUUCGGUUGUCGCUUUUCUGAUGCAGAACUUUAUUUUAUUCAGUAAAGUGCGUACGCAGUACAGUGGCGGUAUCCGACUACUUCAGCCGCUCCAAGUAGUACUGAGGCGGAUACCGCUAUCCAACGUGGCUGACAACGUACAGACAGUUUGCUUUAACCGAGGGAACCGAUGUUGUGAAACGCUGGCCUUGGUGGCCAGCUCCAGCCAGAAUCUCCGCAGUGGGAUUCCAGACGAAGAUUGUCGAUUGUUGAUCACUAGCGAGGAUAGCCGGGAUCCAUGGAUGUUUCGGGUGGUCACUUUGUGGCGCAGCGAUGGCACCAGCGGAAUCAGUCAGAACUAG